AUGCGCAUCGGACGAGAUGUCCCUCCAGACGAUCCAAGCUAUGGUACCUAUCUGUACGGACCAAAUCUCUGGCCAAACUUGCCAGAGGACGAGUUCAAGAAGCCGAUUAUGAAAUAUCGGCAGUAUAUGCUUCAGCUAGCUGAAGAGAUCAUGAAGAUUCUAGCAAGAGGCUUGCCGGACGGCCGCGAUGUAUUUAUCGACUUCAUGCGAGACCCGGUUGCGUCCGCAAAACUACUUCAUUAUCCGCCGCAAGCUCAAGCUGGCGAGGAAGCCGUAGGAGGAUGGGGUGCUCUCAACACUUAUACUGCUUCGAUACUCGGCGAUUUCAGAACCAAGCACAAGCAAUGUCACACUGUCAUUGACACGGCCAGCGUAGUGGGUGGAGUCUGGCUUAAAGAGCUGGUGGGCUUUUUGUAUCUUAUCGGCUUCGUUCUCGUCAGCGGUUCUGGUAUCCUUGGUGUCUCAAUCGCCGUUAAUGCUCUGUCAAACCAUGGCGCUUGCACCCCCUGGUGGUCAUUCCUGGCCACGGUCGUAGUAACCCUUCUGGCAAGCAUUAGGACAUUCCAGAGGAUCGGUUGGAUCACUUGGGCCGGCUUCGCCUCUAUCUUCAUCGCCGUCUUGAUUGUUGUGGUCGGCAUGACGACAAGAGAUCGGCCUGCUAGUGCACCCCAAACCGACGACUACGACUCAGGUUACCAUGUCAUCGGACACCCCAAUUUCAUAGCUGGCAUGACCGCUUCCGCCACCAUCUUCGUGUCCUCAUCAGGAACUUCAUCCUUCAUGCCUGUGAUUGCCGAGAUGAAGAAUCCCCGAGAUUACAAGAAGGCCCUUUUCACUUGCAUGGCUAUUCUCAAUGCCGCUUACCUCUCGUUUAGCCUCGUCGUCUAUCGUUGGUGCGGCAAAUGGGUUGCAAAUCCCUCUCUGGGGGGAAGCCCUGUUGUGAAGAAGGUGGCUUAUGGUAUCGGUCUGAUCGGUCUGGCAGUCAGUGGCUGCUUGUAUCUUCAUGCCAACACAGUGGUUCAUUGGGGCACUUGGCUUGGCUGUACUGUUGUCCUCGGCGUCGUUGCCUUCAUUCUCGCCUCGGCCAUACCCAUUUUCAACUUCCUUCUCGCCUUGACGGGCUCGAUCUGUUUUUCGCCAUUAGCCGUCAUUCUACCCAAUAUUUUCUGGAUCUAUGAUCACGCCGACUAUCUUCGCCGCUCCAUAGGACGGAAGGCCGUCUUUGUAUUUCACGUCCUGUUGAUCCUAAUUGGACGCACCUUGUCAGUCGGUGGCACGUACAGUACCGUGAAGUUGAUCAUCGGCGCAUACAAAGUUGGUAAUAUAGGAAUUGUUCUUGCCCUAACGCUCGUCGACCUCUCUGCUCUCAGGAUCUGCAUUCUCAUGUGCCGACAACUCGAAUUCCUCUUAGAUGGAAGUCUCGUAACUGACCUCGAGCGAGUGGGAAUUGAUCUGGCUCGGUUAUCCACCUUAGAUUCUACCCAGCCGUAG